GCAAGACUUUCAAGUUGCGCGUGGCGCGUGGUAUCGGCGUAAAACCUCUCUUCCGGCCUCAUCCUCAGAAUGUAGAACCCUAGCCUCUUCUCUGCUACCACCAAUCCAGUAAAACAACCGGCCAAAGUUUGAAACCCAUGAUGAAAUGGUGAAUUUUUUCAAUUUCCAUGGCGAUUUCCAGUGUGGGUUUCGCUUGCAGAUCCUAUCUCCCUGUUCGUACCCUCCAGUAUCACUGCUCAUGGAAGAUUCGGUUCAACACGAUUUCCGCUGCAAUUGAGGCAGUGGAUGAGCCAAAUGGUUUCGACAAGGACGGUGAUCGUCAAGACAAGGUUGCUGAUGGGACAAGGUCGGAAGGGGAUCGUGAGUGGAAGCAACUGAAUUCUAAAGACCUUGGAAUAAGCAGUUCAAUGAUUGCAAAGCCCACAAGACAAGUGCUUAAUGUCCUUAAGCGAAAAGGACAUGAUGUUUACCUUGUGGGAGGCUGUGUAAGGGAUCUUAUUUUGAAGCGGACACCAAGAGACUUCGAUAUACUCACUUCUGCAGAACUUAGAGAGGUGGUUCGGACUUUCUCAAGCUGUGAAAUUGUUGGAAGAAGGUUUCCUAUAUGUCACGUACACGUUGGAGAUGAUAUAGUAGAGGUUUCAAGUUUUAGUACCUCUGCACAUAAUUCUCUCAGGAACAAGACAACUGAAUUCAAAGAAUCAAGUGGCUCAGACGGCGAUGAGGACUGUAUCCGUUUGAAUAACUGUUUGCAGCGUGAUUUCACAAUUAAUGGGUUGAUGUUUGAUCCAUAUGCUAAAGUCGUAUAUGACUAUAUGGGAGGAAUAGAAGAUAUUAGAAAAGCUAAAGUUCGAACAGUGAUUCACGCUGGCACAUCAUUUCAACAGGACUGUGCUCGGAUUCUUCGUGCAAUAAGAAUUGCUGCACGUUUAGGUUUCAGAAUAUCCAAGGAAACAGCUCAUUUUAUUAAGAACCUUUCUUUCUUAGUAAAAAGACUUGACAAGGGAAGGAUCUUGAUGGAAAUGAAUUACAUGUUAGCUUAUGGUUCAGCAGAAGCUUCUUUGAGAUUGCUGUGGAAAUUUGGGAUACUAGAAAUUAUUCUACCAAUUCAGGCAGCAUAUCUUGCACGCAAUGGUUUCAAGAGACGUGACAAAAGGACUAACAUGCUUAUGUCUCUCUUUGCUAAUUUGGAUAAAUUGUUAGCGCCUGAUAGACCUUGUCACAGCAGCUUAUGGAUAGCAAUAUUGGCGUUUCACAAAGCACUUUACGAUCAACCUCGAAGUCCUUUAGUGGUAGCUGCGUUUAGCCUUGCUGUUGACAAUGGCGGAGAUAUUCUCGAAGCUGCGACAAUCACAAAGAAGAUCACUAGGCCACACGAUAGAAGCUUCUUAGAGCUACAAGAGCCCGAGGAGAAUCUUGAGUUUCAAACCCUGUUGGACGAGGUCAUGGAUCUUGAUACAUCUAUCAAAGAUGCCUUAAGCCAAAUGACUGAUGCGUAUAUUAUCUCUAAAGCUAUGUCAGCUUACCCUCAAGCACCGUAUUCAGAUUUGGUGUUUAUUCCGUUGCAAUUGUACCUGAAAGCGUGCAGAAUCUUCCAGUGUGUGAAAGAAGAGACGCAAAAGGGAAUUAAGGCAAAGCAAGGAAACAAGAUUGAGUAUGCUGCGUUAUAUUCAGGGGAUAUUCCGGAAAUUCGGCAUGUAUUUGCGAGGGUUGUCUUCGACACUGUUUUCCCGUUAAACCUAGUUGAGGAAUAGUAAAUACUGUACUAUCUUUGAGUCCUUAAAGCUUGGGACGCAAGGCUUCUUUAGAAGGAAAUUGUGUCUGUUUUGGGUUGGGAAGGUGGGAUGGCAAGUACAAUCCGGCUUGAGUUUACAACGAAUCUUUUAUUUUAACUUAGAAUCUUCUCUUUUGCGCGCGCGCAGAGUUCGGUACGAGUUCGUUGGAUUUUAAAUAUGAAAUGACAUAUUUAACCCUAUGAUCUAUAUAGAACUGUGUGAUUGUUCGUUGAUUUUGUUGAAAUAAGAAGUACGUUGACGG